UUUGGCAUGGUGCGUUACUCCAGUGCUGGUUCCCUUCUGCAUCAGUCAAGAUUUUUCCUUUGCAGUUCCACGCAAACGCAGGGAGGUGCAACAAGGGGGGAUUAGCAGCGGUAGCAAGGUCAGUUGCCGGUGGUAUUCCAUUUUAUUCCAUUGAUCCUUCUUUGAUGCCUGUGCAUUCCUUGAAUGUGAUCCACCGUGACCUUAAGUCUGACAACCUGGAAUUAUCAGUCAAUGCAUGCUCCAAUUUAUUUCUCCUUGGAUUGGAUGGUGCAUACUGAUUUCAGGCUAUGGAAAGUUGGCCUGAUGUCAGGCCUAAACAUGAGCAGUGACGGCUGAAGCUGACGGCAAAGGACACUCUGGACUACAUGGCGCGUGAUAUCCUCGGCCCAUGGUUCGACACUGCCUGCUGCAUCAUGUGCUCGUAGCUUCAGUACAAUUAUGGUAGGAAGUGUGAAGUCAUAUUCAGUGACAUGGUCCUAAGUCUAUUGAUCAUUCCUUAAAUCUAAAUCAAUUUGGUUCUCCUUUCCUAACUACUUCUGCACCUCUCGGUGUCUUCUGGUUAGCCUAUGGUCCAACUCUACCUUAUUUUUCUCCUAUACUGAAUUGCUUCACUUAAUUGUUAACUAAACUUGGAGGCAUUGCAAAAAAAAAAGCUUGAUUUAGAUAGUCCGAUUGUUGAUUUUAUUACAGAUUAUAUUUAUAAUUGUGGAACUGCUCACUUUGUGCUAAUAAGAUGCUGCUAAUGCAUGUUUACCAUAUAUGUAUGGAGGAUAUAUGAUUGAUUAUAUCAUGAUUGCAGGCAACACUUUUGAUCCCUUAACUGGAAUUCUUCAAUGCAGGAGUACAUCUACUGUUAUUUUUUUAUUGUACUAUAUAAGAGAGUUUAAUGACUUUGUCUCGUUUUUUUCUCUUUCAGAAUAUUUGUUGAGUUAUGGACAUUUUUGGUAUAGUAAAAUCAUAUUUUGGAGUGGUGGAGGAUGAAGAAAAAAUUGCUUUGCCUUUUAUCUGGUAUGAGCCAUUUCAUUUUCUUGAUUUUAUUGUCAUGUGUGAACAUUGUAGUAUCUUGAAGAAUGAGUGUCAUUGUGCUGUAGAUGUUGCAGAACAAUGUGCCUGCAGCAGCACCGCAUAGCCUUAGUGCUGCAUCAGUUCUUGGCUAUGCUUGCUUGGUUGUUGAUGUGGAGUAAUUAAUUUAGCUCUAAAUAUCUGAAAUAGAAGAGAUUUAUUAAGGGAGAAACACGAGAAAGAGACUCUAGAUGCAUUGUUAUGGAGUGGUUAAUUUUAUUGCAGAACCUGAAGAAAUUUUAUAAUUCAUCAUUCUGUCACAAAUGCUUUGGUGAGAUACCAUACUAUGAUCAAGUAAGAAAUGAAAGUAAUUACCAUAGUACUAUCUCAGCUAUGAUAUGAUAAUCUGACCCUCAUGAUGUGAGCAGUAUAUCCCCACUAGCCACAUGGUGGGUAAUAUAACAUUGUCGAAUGCUUGGAACACUGAGUAGAAUUAACACUAUAGCUCUCUUCAGUUCUGUUACAACUGUACCUACUAGAUAUGGCUCUGAUCGAUGAUGUUGUGAGGCAAUGAACCUGCAUAUUUCAUUCUGGAACUUUCUCAGCCGGCUAGAUAGCGAGUGGCUUUGGUCUGAGGGUAUAUUAUUGUUAUGUCUGAGGGUAAUUCGAUGUUGUGUUAACUCAUAUUGUAGAGCCUGUAGGUUCCAGUUUCCACUUUUCUGCCAUUUUGCUGCAGGGAGGCCGGAACGAUGGUCUGCCUGCAAUUGCAAUUUCAUUGAAUUGGUGAGCAUGCCUCAAACUGGGUGAGGCUAAGGCUUUGGGUGCAAUGGGCUGCUGGGUAUAAUUAAGGAGCGGCUGAGCAGAGAAGAUCGAGGCGUGGGAGAUGACUGACUGCCAGGCUUGGCAAAUCUAUGGUCUGAGAGAACAUUUCAAAUAUUUUCAUUACAAAACAACAGCUAGUUGUGCCCCGAGAAUGUAUCAGAAUUAUUCAUGUGGUCAAGAUGACGAGCUUAAUUAGCAGCAGCAUUUAGCUAAGCAGUACUGCUGGAACUAAUACUAUAAUUGUACCAUUGGGUAUAGCCGUGGAAAAAUCUGGGGCUAGGCAUCCGAAUUGCCCAAUAGAGAAUCCCUUCCGAUCAGCUGAGUGAUUUUGUUUUUUUAAUCUGAUUAAGUGUAUGCAUCUGUCGCUCUAUGUCGUUAGAGUUACAAACAUUUUAUACUAUGAAUAUUGAUGCUUAUAUAAUAAAUUUAUUUUACCCGUAGCACGCGCGGGUAUAGAAGAUGAUGGCAAAUUAAGUCUCUUUUGCUAUGGUUCAGCGGUGAAAGUCCAUUUGAAAGAGAGUUGGGUGAAGUUGUAUAUCAUGGUGUAUCGCUUAAUUUAUUAAAAAAAUACUACCUCGAUUAACUAUCUUCGGGUGCUACAUUCAUGUCUUUUAUAUUAUUAAAAUUUAUGCUUGUGGUUCUCAAUUUGCUUCAAAAUAAUAUGUAUGUUGUUAGGAUCCAUACCAUGUUAUAUAUGUUCUGUGGAUAUACUAAAUCUUUUUAUAACCUGUAGCAACGCACGGGCAUGAAUUGUUUGUAGGAUGCUCGCACCAUGCGUCAGAACAUCAUCAAUCUGUUGACAUUGGACUUGAAUUCUUAUAAAAAAUUACUUCCCGCGGACAUAAAAUAUUAUCUUAGCCGCAUCGAAGGAAGAGUUAUAAAAUAGAAUAUAGUGUACACUUGUUUGAAUAUUCAGUUGGCUUUGGUGACAAUGGUGAAUAUUUGUUGGCAUAUUUGUAUCUUUUUAUAAUUGAAUUUUUAGCUCAGACUAUUGGUAUCCAGUUGGAUGUUUGAUUUGCAUCAUGAUUUGUUCUUGUAUACUCUUUUUCCGCAUUAAGAAAAUCGACUCUUGUAGCAACGCAUGGGCAUUCAACUAGUGUAAGUUAAAUUUCUUUCUACUGGUAUAAUUGUAUAUAUUACUGUAAAGAUGAUAAUUUGAUGAGUGUCAUUUAUAAUAAUGGUAAAAAUGUAAAAUCCCCUGUGGAUUGUUCAUCAGUUGACUGUUAAAAAAGACACCUGGGCUGAACGAAUAAGGCCAAGGCGAGCCACCAACCAGAUAAUCCAUGGCGCUCUCGAGCGCGGAGGAGAGGAAGACGGUGGCGGAGAUCGUUGCCGCGCUGGAUCUGCAGUGCCACCCCGACGGAGGCUUCUACCUGGAGACCUUUCGCGACCCCUCCAUCGUUCUCCCCACCUCCGAGCUCCCGCCCCGCUAUAAGGUGGACCGAGCUGUGAGCAGCGCCAUCUAUUUCCUACUGCCUGCUGGGGAGAUUGCUCGGUUGCACCGCAUCCCUUGUGCUGAAACCUGGCACUACUACCCAGGAGAACCUCUCACGGUAUUUGAGGUGCAUGAUGAUGGACAAAUCAAGAUAACAGUGGUUGGUCCUUAUCUACGACAAGGCCAGAGACCACAGUACACGGUUCCUCCAAAUGUAUGGUUCGGGGCCUUCCUGACCUGCGACAUUGAGUCAUUUACUGAAGAUGGAAGUGUCUUUGUCAAGGCUCCUGGAAGAGACCCUGCGGUGCAUUAUUCCUUUGCUGGCGUAACCUGCGCUCCAGCGUUCCAGUUUGAGGACAAUGAACUGGCUACACGUGAGGACAUGAAAGCUUUGGCUCCAAAGGCUGAAUCUUUCAUCAAUUACCUUGUACCAUCUUAAACUGCCUUGUCAGUGUAAGUGGCUUGUUCUUAAUGAGGAACUUUUCAUGUACCAACUUGUCCUAGUAGCUUCUGAAAUUCACUGUAUGAUAUCAAAACGACUUAUGGCUCAGCGGAAUCAGUUCCGUAUGAAUUAUGGAAGUUGAUGUUGCUGCUA